GUUGACAUCUAUACUUCUACAUCUAUUUAUACACAUUACCAUAUUACAGAGAGAUCUCCAAACACAAGUAAUCUUCUUCAUCUUUCGAUUCCAUCAUCGACAGUAUGGCUAGAUCCUUGGUGCUCUCGCUAACACUCGCAUUCCUUUUCAUCGGAAUGGUCUCAGCUCGUGACUGGAACAUCCUAAACCAGUUCAAAGGACUCAAGUCUACCAAAACCACCACCAGCCAAAAGGGGGUCGCCACAUUGAAAGAUCCAAACCUAACCGGAUACUGCGAGAGCUGGAGAAUCAACGUGGAGCUUCACAACAUCAGAGACUUCACGGUGGUGCCACAGGAGUGCGUGUGGUUUGUCCAAAAGUACAUGACAUCAUCUCAGUACGAGGAUGACGUGGAGAGAGCCGUUGAUGAAGCUAUCCUCUACCUCGGAAAAACUUGUUGCGAGAAGAAGAAAUGUGAUGGCAUGGAUGCUUGGAUCUUUGACAUUGAUGACACUCUUCUCUCCACCAUUCCUUACCACAAGAGCAACGGCUGCUUCGGUGGUGAGCAAUUAAACACGACCAAGUUUGAGGAAUGGCAAAGUUGGGGAAAGGCACCAGCGGUUCCAAACAUGGUGAAGCUGUUCCAUGAAAUCAGAGAGAGAGGUUUCAAGAUCUUUUUGGUUUCUUCUCGCAAAGAGUACCUCAGGUCCGCCACCGUCGAGAACCUUAUUGAAGCCGGUUACCACGGCUGGUCUAACCUCCUCCUCAGGGGAGAAGAGGAAGAGAAGAAGAGUGUGACCCAAUACAAGGCAGAUGUAAGGACAUGGCUUACAAGUCUUGGAUACAAAGUUUGGGGAGUUAUGGGUGCACAAUGGAACAGCUUCGCAGGCUGUCCAGUUCCCAAGAGAACCUUCAAGCUCCCUAACUCCAUCUACUAUAUCGCUUGAUCAAAUCAUAUAUUACUGAUCUAACCAAAUAAAAUAAGAUCAGAUUUUCAGAUCUGAUUCUUGAGUCGUUUGAUGGUAUCAUCUUUUUGUUUUCCCAUUUCUGGUUAUUAUAACCAACUCUUUUUUUUUGUGCAACUGGUUUAUGUAACCAACUCAAAUGCUUAUGAUGAGUGAUAUAUGAACCAUGAUCAUCUUUGUUUCUGUUGAA